UCCUGUUCCUCUUCAGCCUCACUCUGACUUAAUCAGUCACCAAACUGUAAUAAAACCAAAGGUUGUCCACAAGUCCUGACCUGCAGCUCCAGAUGUUUUGACUCUAAAAGGAUUUAAAAGAAAGUUGGUGUCGAAACAGAAAAACGAAACCAUCCUCAGCUCUGACUGAAGCGUAUCUCAUCUGAGGACUUUGAGCUUUGAGAGGAACACGGCUGAUAAGAAACAAGGUAACGUUUUCUUUUCAUGAAGUCUUUUUUCUCUUGCUGGAGUACGAUUGCACGAGAUAUCGCAAAGACCCAACCGAUCCAGUCAGGUCUCCAGGAUGGGUCACCAGCCAGAGAAGUCGUCUCUAAACCUGCAGACUGGGACUGCUGUGGUUUUUCAGAUUCUUCUCCUGAUCCACACCUGCACAGGUCGCUCAGAAGACCUGGAUCCAUCUCAGUCGAUAAGAGCGAUGGUUGGAGAUGACAUCACGUUACCGUGCUCACUGAAACCUCCUAAAGAUGCGUCUCAGACGACGGUGGAGUGGGGGAGAUUUGAUCUGAUGCCCAGAUUUGUGCAUGUGUGGUAUGAGGGUCAGGAACUUCUGGUGGACCAAAACAGGGCCUACAAAGGACGAGCUUCAGUGUCGGCUGGCCAACUGAAACAUGGAGACGCUUCACUGAGACUCUCGGAUGUGAGACUGAGUGACAGUGGGAGAUACAGAUGCUACGUCCCAAAGGCUCAAACAGAAAACUAUGUUGAUCUUCUUGUUGGGUCGGUGUCCUCACCUGAGAUCAGGUUAGCAGGACUUGAUGAAGGCAGCAGUGGAGUGAUGUUGGACUGUAGCUCUGGAACCUGGUGGCCAGAACCAGAGCUGCUCUGGUUGGACGCUGAGGGACACGUCCUCUCAGCUGGACCUACAGAGACAACCAGAGGUUCUGAUGGUCUUCUUGCUGUCAGCAGCAGAGUUACUGUGCAGAAAAGCCCCAACAACACCAUUACCUGUAGAAUCCAUCAGAAGGACCUCAAGCAGAGCAGAGAAACCCACGUCCAUGUUCCAGAUGAUUUCUUUGUGGUCCGGUCCAGCUGUUCUGUUUGUAUCAGCUUCUCUGUGCUGUUCUGCUGCUUGUUCCUGGUUUCAACUUCUGUUCUGGUCUGGAGACAAAGACACCUCUUUUCUGCAGCAAAGAAAAAAGAAACAACAAAAACAACUGAAGAGCAAACAGAGCUGAUGGGAGUGGAGCAGAAACUAGAUGAUGCCCUUAAAGCACAAAUGAGUGAAGAUCUGAGGGAGCUGGAGAACAAACUUUCAAUCCAAAUGAUGGCGGAACAGAAUGAUGCUGAUGAGUUUAACAAGAAGAUUAAAGACUUUCAAGAAGAAACAGAAAAAGAAACAGAAACAAAACAAAACAAGAAUAAAAAGAUAAAAACUGGAUCAAACAUAACACUGAAGGAAAUAGUGUUGGAGCACAAUGCUAAACUAGAUGAAAGAAAGAAAAGUUAUCAAGCGAUACAGUUACACCUUCAAAAAAUGAUCUUUGGAAAAACAGAAAAUCAAAAUCAGGUUGAGUGCAAAGAAGAAAAGAGAGAAAAUAAACAAGAGGAGAUGAAAUUAUUCCACACUAAAAUCGGUCCUCUAGAGACGUCCGGGGGAAGAUAUUUCUGUGGAAUUUCCGAUCUAAAUUCCAAACACAACUUAAUCACAAAUUUGACAGAUCCUGUGAGUUUUCCCAUCUUCGCCCUUCGAGCGUAUCUGCACCCCAGAGUGAGGACGCUAAAGACAGCAAGAAGACCAUCAGAACCUCUGGUUGUCUCUGUAGGUCCAGCUGAGAGGACGUGUCCCUCAGCGUCCAACCAGAGCAGCUCUGGUUCUGGCCACCAGGUUCCAGAGCUACAGUCCAACAUCACUCCACUGCUGCCUUCAUCAAGUCCUGCUAACCUGAUCUCAGGUGAGGACACCGACCCUGGUGUUUCAUCGGGACGAUUGACCCACAUAACUGUCAUCAGUGUCACAAUUAGUCGCAAUUUGAGACACGUGAAAGCCAGCUGUCAAUUGAAAAUCAACCUCAAUCCAGUAACGGGUCCGCGCAUGAUUCACAGAUUCGAAUUACGGUUGGAUUUGUUUGCUGUCUUUGACACCGUGGAUCACAGUCUCCUGAUUUCACGGUUUCAAGAGUCUGUUGGGAUUAAAGGAGUUGCUUUGGACUGGUUUAAGUCCUAUUUGGCUGAGAGGUCGUUUAGUGUUUCGUUAGGUGGCUUCACGUCAUCUCCCUCGCCUCUAGUUUGCAGGGUUCCACAAGGAUCCGUGCUGGGCCCGUUGUUGUUCUCUCUGUAUUUGCUACCUCUGGACGACACCCAGGUUUAUAUUCCCAUUCCCAUUCCCAAACGUGGCCUACCCAAUUAUUUAGAUCCUCUUCUAAACUGCCUCGAUGAGAUUAAAACCUGGAUGUCUGCAAAUUUUUUACAUUUUAAUAAUGACAAGACUGAGGUCAUGCUUUUUAGUCCUAGUUUGUCCAGUGGGCCAAGUUCUGCUGACCUUGGUCCACUAGCCCUAUUUUUGAAACCUGUAGCGACCAGUCUGGGAGUCCGGCUUGACAGUGAUCUGCUUCUGGAAAAGCAAAUCAGUGCUGUUACCAAAACCAGUUUUUAUCAGUUAAGGAGGAUCGCCAAGGUUAAGCAUCUGCUCUCAAGUCAUGACUUUGAGAUGGUGAUUCACACAUUUAUUACAUCACGCCUUGACUAUUGCAACGCGCUGUACCUUGCAAAAGGCAACCUCAAUGAGGCUGCAAGGAAAUACGCCACAACCAAAUACUUAAAACAAAUAAGGCAAGUCCUAAGAAAUCAGCUCAAGGGCAAGAACAAGAUUUGGGAAAUAAAUUGCUAUGCCCUGCUAGUAAUCAGAUAUCUGUCAGGAAUAAUUAACUGGCCAAAAGAAAAAUUACAAGCCACAGAUUUUAAGACACAAAAGGUCCUAACCAUGCAUGGACCAUUCCACCCCAAAUCCAGCACCCUGAAACGGUAUGCUAGCAGUAAGGAAGGAGUCAGAGGACUAGCUAGUGUGAGAGCUAUGAUCCAAGAUGAAACAGCCAAGAUCUUUAAUAUUAUAAGAGGCAUCAAAAAGAACCUGCUGAUUCAGAGUACGGUCUCCAGGAUGGGCCACCAGCCAGGGAAGUCAUCUUUAAACCUUCAGACUAGGACUGCUGCGGUUUUUCAGAUUCUUCUCCUGACCCACACCUGCACAGGUCAGUCUGCGGUCAAGGAUCUGCCUCAGACCAUAACAGCGAUGGUUGGUGAUGACGUCUUGCUGCCGUGCCUCCUGAAGCCUCCUAAAGAUGCUUCUCUGAUGACGGUGGAGUGGGGGAAACUGGACCUGAGACACAAAUUUGUGCACGUGUGGCACGAGGGCCAGGAGCAUGGACAUAGAAAUGAACGAGCAUCGCUGUCGGCUUCUAAACUGAAACAUGGAGACGCUUCACUGAAGCUCUCAGAAGUCAGAUUCUCUGACGGUGGAAGAUACAGAUGCUACUUUCCAAAGGACGGAAAAGAAUAUUUUGUUGAGCUGUUUGUUGGGUCGGUGUCCUCACCUGAGAUCAGGUUAGCAGGACUUGAUGAAGGCAGCAGUGGAGUGAUGUUGGACUGUAGCUCUGGAACCUGGUGGCCAGAACCAGAGCUGCUCUGGUUGGACGCUGAGGGACACGUCCUCUCAGCUGGACCUACAGAGACAACCAGAGGUUCUGAUGGUCUUCUUGCUGUCAGCAGCAGAGUUACUGUGCAGAAAAGCCCCAACAACACCAUCACCUGUAGAAUCCAUCAGAAGGACCUCAAGCAGAGCAGAGAAACCCACGUCCAUGUUCCAGAUGAUUUCUUUGUGGUCCGGUCCAGCUGUUCUGUUUGUAUCAGCUUCUCUGUGCUGUUCUGCUGCUUGUUCCUGGUUUCAGCUUCUGUUCUGGUCUGGAGACAAAGACACCUCUCAAAGAAAAAAGAAACAACAAAAACAACUGAAAAGCAAACAGAGCUGAUGAGAGUGGAGCUGGAAAAACUAGAUGACCUUAAAGCACAAAUAUGUGAAGAUCUGUGGGAGCUGGAGAAGAAACUUAUAAUCCAAAUGAUGGCGGAACAGAAUGAUGCUGAUGAGUUUAACAAGAAGAUUAAAGACUUUCAAGAAGAAAAAGAAACAGAAACAAAACAAAACAAGAAUAAAAAGAUAAAAACUGGAUCAAACAUAACACUGAAGGAAAUAGUGAUGGAGCACAAAACUAGAUGAAAGAAAGAAAAGUUAUCAAGAGAUACAGUUACACCUUCAAAAAAUGAUCUGUGAAUAAAAUGAAAAUCAAAAUCAGGUUGAGUGCAAAGAAGAAAAGAGAGAAAAUAAACAAGAG